UAGCAGCAAAUUGCAACCGGCAGUCGCACGCCUCGAUUCAGUAGGCCUCCAGAAACGCCGAGCCGUGGAAGAGCGCAGAGUUCGAACGGGUUUCGUUUGGUUAGACAGCGGACAUAGUUAUAUAGUUCCAUAUAGUGCACAUAUAGUCCAGAUCCGUGCAGUAACUGGAUAUCAUGUCGUCGACGAUGCUGACCGAUCUGGCCGCCGUGGUCAAGGAGGCGAAGGACGAGGAGAUCCAAGUGCCCAAGUCGAAUGAUUUCUUCGAAUCGAAAACCUUCCGCCUGCUCACCCUGGUGCUCUAUAUGGGCGGCGUAAGCGGCAUGGGUCUAUCCCUGGCCAUGUACUACCUGUUCAUCUGGGACUCUCGUAUGCCGCCGCUGCCCAUCUUCAAGCACACGCAUCCCAUUGGCUAGACGUCGGAAUCAAACAAACAAAAAUUUCGUGUUUUUGUUUUGUUUUGUUUUGCUUCUUUUUUU